AAACUGUUGUAACACUAGUCUUUUUUUUUUUCAAAGACAGGGUGGAAGAAUUUGAUUGGUUUUGGUACCAAUUUUUCGAAUCGUGUGGUGAAAUGGUCAAACGGUGACAUACCUGCCAUGAAGUUUAACAAACAGGAGCUGAGCAAUCUGGCCUGCCAGUCGUGCAAUCGGUUUAUUAAAGAAGGCCUUCUUGUUGUGUACGAAAAACAAGAUGGUGUAAUUUUCAAGCGCAAUGAGAACAGGACUGAGGUUGAUAACAAGUCCAAGAAAUCCAACAGGAGGUCAUCCCUCCGCAACCUUAGCUGUUAUGGAGGUUCCCUGAGUAGAGUUGCAACAGAACGUUGGUGCAGGCUGAGAGGAAACAUGCUUUUCUACUUCAAAUCCAGUGAAGCUUGGUCUGAACCAGCUGGAGUAAUUGUACUUGAUAUUGGAAACAUCCAAGUUGAUCCUGUUCCUUUUGAUGGAACAUGGCCAUUCACUCUGGUUAUGGCAAGGGGUGGAGGAAACCAACGCUUAGCUGCAUGUUCUGAAGGUGAACGUGAUACCUGGAUUGAAGUACUUCACAUGGCUUCAUACACCUACAUUCAAGCACAAGUAACAUCACUACAGUUGCAAUUGCAAAAGCUAAUGGGAGGGCUGACAGUUACGACAAAUAAUCCAGAAGCAGGAGAGGUACCUCUUAUGGAGCUCGCGAUCGCCUGCGACAAUCUACGGUGUGACGGUUACGGAUUGCCACCAUCUCCUCAAGCUAUUCUCCAUUACCGUACUACAGAGUCAUUCCAUUGGCAACAAGUCGGACAGACAGAAAGCAUAGAAGAUUGCAGUAAUCCGAUAUUUUUGGUUACUCUGCCGCUUUGGAGCAGUAUGGGAAUGCAGCAUGACACAAAGUUACGCUUGACUGUGAACGAUGUUAAAGAAGCCAUGAGUAGAACCCAUGUCGUAGUUGGAGCUAGCGAGUUCACCUUGUCUUCCCUAUUGAAGGAGGGAGCGCUCAAACAGCGUCUCCCAUUAAUCUCUUCCAGCGGGGUGCAAGUUGGUUUCGUAACUAUAGCUGGUCAUACAGUCAUUGAUUUGGGUGACACCAUGCACCAUUCAAGUAACCCUCAAUCACCCUUGGCACAAGAGGAUAAUUUAGUGUUGCAUCAACACCGAAGAACUCAAUCGCUACCACCUAGAUUGCUUACAGAACUUCGUCGGCCGCCACAAGGCUGGAUUUCGAUCUAUUUUACUCAACCUAUUUCGCGCUGCUACCGUUUUCAUUCUGGGUUGGGAGGGGAUAUUGUUGUCCAUGAAUCAAUGAUGGAGUCGCGGCUGAAUAAUAUAGUGCCUGCGCAACUUCUACGACUGUGGAUUAACCAGGAAAAAGAUCUCGUUCGCGAACUAGUUGCCCUUGGAGAAAUGGUUUCUUCACCCUGGCAGCAACGAUUGCUUCAACUUUUUGAGAGACAUUUCCGACGUAUCGGAGAUUACACUCAAGCCCUAGAAUCAGUCGAAGCGGCAACGUCAUUUUUCCGACCGAGUUCUCAAAAGGACAAAUCCACUUUACAGUACUGCCCCGUAAAUCUUCAUCUUCAGCGUUUUUGGGGACAGAAUAGCAGCCUACGAAAAGAAGGAACUUACGACUGCCUGACUGUUGGAGCUUUCACCGCGAUACCUCAUGGGUUUAAAGGCGGUGGCUUAUUCAAACUACUCCGAAAUUUCCAUGCUUCGUCAAUGCAAAUAGACCAUGUCCUACCUGCUCGUGAAGCUGUACAAACGGCCUGCCAAACACUUCGUCACAUUCAGGGUGCUGUUAAGCUCCUUUUAGGGGCCGGAGCCAUUCAGCACGAUUUUUCUGCAGUUUUAAAAAUUGUAGAAUCACUUAUCAAAAGAGUCCGUUCACUUGCGACGCUCCUGGAGAAGCCCUUUGUUGGUGAUGCGCUGAGUUUUUUCGAAAAUAAUAAGCUCACAAAUGCGACGCUCACACCUGUCCUUGCCGAUUUCUCGUUACUUCCGUUACGCUCUAUGGCCGAGCGCCUAGUUCACGAUACCAGCAGUAGUAGAAAAACCUUUUAUUCUGCCACAGAUGAACCUGAACCAGCUGAUCUCAUUCGUCUCAACCUUGAAGCGUCGUUGUUGGCACUUGCAGGCAAAUUGCAGGUGCUACUUAAGUUACAAUCCAAGAUGAGUAACAACAACAGCCAGCUAGAGCAAGCCCCAGGCUUUGCUUCUCUUUUGGAAAAAUAUCAAGGAAGAUUGUACUCGGACUCUGUCGACAGCAUAAACCAAGAUGUUGAAAAUCAAAAUUCUACGGAGGAGAACCGUUCGUCUAAUACCGAUCAUGCUGAAAAAUGGGUUGCUGAUCUGUCACCUUGCCUUUCGAAGCUUCUGUCAGCCGCCCAAACGUUAGUUAAAACUUUACGACUCGUGCAUGGCGUUCAGCGGCUUCAAGAAGAACUUCCUCGGUCGGCUACUGCCCAUUCUGUUCAGCAUCGUCGUGACGUUUGCUUUUCCCAAGCUCUCACCGCUGCAUUAACCUUACUUGUAGCACGAUUGUGUUGCAAUCCUGUUGAUCCUGAACUCAUGGUCUUGCUGAGUAACGCUGGAAUCCUUCUAAACGUAGAGGGACUUUUGACGCCAUACCGCGCAGAGGCAGGCAUGUGGUCUGACAUGGCAGUUGCUUUAGAAGAUCUAGCUGGUGUUAGAUUCCUCCUUAUCCCCGCAUCUGUGUCAUCAAGUAACACAAACUCAUCGCCAAAUUCAAUUAAACAGCAUAGCUCAAUUCCUAAAGAAUAUUUACCUCAGAUUCAUGGUUGCAGAGAUGCUCUCCAAGUCAUGAUUCCGGUUCCUCCUACAGUAUUUUCUACUUUGCCGUCUAGUGCUUCUAGACUGGGUCUCAUAGAAUUUCAGUUGAUUCCAGUAUUUUUUAAUAUCGGCGUGAACGAACAAGCUUUAUUGGCUGACAAGUUCGGGGAUAUGUCGGAUGUCACUGCGACCAACCUACAAAGCUUUGAGCGGUUAGACAUAUACCAUCGCCAAUACCAGAAACUCAUGACAGAGCAUUUUCCGGGAAAGAGAUUAAAUGAUCCCAGGUUUUCCUUAUCAGACAUAUUGUCGCAGUUGCAAAGUGAAUUGGCUUCCAAUAAAAUUCAGAAUAUUGCAGUCCAUUCGUUAGCAGAAAUUGCGGUGCGCAAGAUGAAAGGUUUGAGAAUCACCUGUUGUAAAAGUGCAAAAGAUAGAACAGGGAUGGCCGUGACUUUGGAACAAACCAACAUUUUAACAAACGAUUUCGACUUGGCGACUGCCGAAUAUCAUAAAUCUCUCCUAUGCAUGAGAAGUCAAGGGACUCGGAGGGAAAAUACAAAAAAAAAUGUAGGUAUUAACAAGUUUGCCUUUAACCGCCUACAACUAAUGGCAUUUCCAGAACUGUACCGUCCUCCUCCUGGGACUUACGGCAACGUGCAGUCUUAAAAAAAAGUGUUUAACUCUUUCAUUUAAAGUAAUAUUUCAUUCUGGCGAAGAUGUCCCUGAUGUGCUGAACCAAUCCUCUUCCAAGUAUUAGCUUUCCUAUAUAUGUAAAUUAGGCAUCCCAGUAUUUAGUUCCGAUAUUCGUGGCAACUUUCAACGUUUUAGGGAACUUCGAACAUAGUUAAACACCCAAUCCAAAAGUAAUUAACACAGAAACUUACUGUGGCAGUGCAUUAAAGAAGUGUGGGCGCAAAGAACUUCUUCAGCAAACUGUUUGAAUUCGUUCUCCAAUAACAGUUAGGCUGCUUUCGGGCAAUCAGUUUCGACGCUUUGGAACUUACUUACAUGGAUUCUCGUGUUUGACAACAAAAAGUCGAAAAAUUUGAGGAUUUGCGUAGGUAACCCUAGAAAGUAGAAUUGCGCCGCCUCCCACUUCAAUUCUCCUGUGUCCGAUUUUGACGUAUUUGAGAUGAUUUAAUUGCAAUAUUUAACGAAAUUCAUCCUAGCCUAAUCUACAGCAAUGAUAAGGAACUGUGGGUUAAAAGGUUGGAUCAAGUUUUCAUUUAGACCCCUUUUGAUGCAUAAUUUGUUCUUUAUGACAAUUUAGGUCUAAAAGAGAAACCAGUCUUAAGACCUAUAAGAAUUGCAAGAGUUCCGAAUUGAAAAGAUUUAGUGUGUAUGGUCCAUUGGUCCCCAAGAUGUUGAAAGUUAUCACAGUAGAUUUUUUUUUCUUUCCCAUUGAUAAAUGUCAUUUGAUCUUCAGAUUCCGUCUGCACUACUGCGCAUGGAACAGCAACUUCUAAAGUUCUCGACCCUUAUAGUCAUAGUUUUCUUUCGUCUUAUCGUAUCCGGCCCUAUUUUUUUUUUAGCAUUAGUGAACUGUAUUGGCAGUCUUGAAUUUUGAUUAACCAGCAGUGCAUUUUCUGAACAUUCCAGAGUUAGAUGGUUAUUCCAUUAAUAAAACUCCCACAUGCUAAGAACUUACUAAGCAUCUUCCAUUCUGAAUGUCUGUGUCUUAGUUUUCAUCACAACAAACAUCCAGUUGCCAUUCAUUACCAAAAUAUGUUAAUAUCUUUUCCUUGACCUGUAAGUCAGGGUGAUGGGAAUUUUGGACAAAUGAAAAAAAAAACUGCUUCACAUUCAAAUUUUGUAACUUAGCAUUGAGGAAAUAAAAAAUCAAUCUGUCAUUUAA